AUGUAUAUCAUUUCGGGUAGUAAGGCGACGCGCGUGCGAGAAGAGGAGCCGAAAGAGGAAGUAGCGGGAAAGAGAAAUAUACGGGAACGGGUGAAAGCCAGAAACGCGCUGCCACAAAAUAACAGACGUGGCGUGUCACUACCCACCGUGACACGGCAUCAUACUGCAUUUCGUGAAUUUUCACAUCCGGCGCAUUGUGCGAAACGGCAUACCGUGGCGCGUCCGCGUCGUCCGGGGCCCUUAAAUUAUCUGCGGAAUGCGCAUAAUAUCGCGUGCGAAAAAGAAUCGAUCAUAUCCUCGUACAUUACGUGCCCCAUCGAUGCUUUCCCAGCGAAUUGCCAGGUAAUCUAUCAAGGAGCGACUCCUCACGCGAAAGUUUUCAGGGCCAAGCACCUGUGGAAUACACCCAUACCUAGAAAUCCCAACGACAACCUCGUCGUUGGUACUUCGCGGCGAGAUACGAAUUCGCCACAGAUCGUGGGUGGUCGCCGUUAUCUCCGGGGACGGAAGAGGAGAAAACGUUGUGACCGAGAGUAUCAACCGUCGCUGGACGACACACCACCAUCCCCAAAGAUUCUCCGGCAGGCUCGCUUUUGUCAGCUACCGGCCUUCAUCAGUGACAAGAUGCAGCCCAAGAUGACUGCUUUGUGCACGCUACUGAUGUUCGUAGUCGUUGUCGCAGUUUCGAGUCUCACAGCCGAUGCAAUACCGCGCACCAAACGAGGAUUGGAUCUGGGUCUCAAUCGUGGGUACAGCGGUUCUCAGGCGGCGAAACACAUGAUGGGACUCGCGGCAGCGAACUACGCCGGCGGUCCCGGACGAAGGCGUCGCUCGGAACAAGCGUAGAUCGCAGACACGAUCACUGAUGCAGAGAGAUUACUAUACAACUCGUAAUAACGUCAUUCCCGACUCGAUCCUUCCACUUUAUCUCUACCUCGAGCUUGAACCACUGAUCUCAGAAUCGUCCGUUGCCAGUGGCGUAACUAUUAUAAAUGCACUCGAGCGAUGAAUUACUUCUCUUCUCUCAAAUAAACCUGUAGAGUGUGUAUAGACGUACAUUUCCUCCGAAGCACAAAAAUAGCAUAAGUUCCUUGAUUAAAAAUUAUAAAUACGAUUAUAGAUACAAUUAUAGUUAAUCGGUGUUGAUAAAUUUGAUCAAUUUUACAUUUCCCCAUUUAAUCCUCGCACACUUACAGCUUUUGCACACUCCUAGUUGCACCACUGGCAGUUUGUAACUGCAUUGUUAUAUCGUUCUUUAUUUCACUUCUGUAGAAGCGGAUGCGAUAUAAUUGCUUCGAGCGGAAAUACUUUUAUUUAAAAUAAAUUUGAAGUAAAUAUAUCUAUAUAUUUAUAAUGAACACAAAUAGUACAUUACAUAGAGUCCGUUUAUUUGUGCUCUACAUCAGUUCGAUAAAACACAAUUCAAUCUUUAUUUAAGAAUUAA